UUUUUUAGCUUUUGGUUUUUUUUUUGGGAAGGCGGGGGGCGGGGGGGGAGUGGCGCGGGUUCAUGUGUGAGGACUGUGCCCGUUGCCCGGGCUUGCUGCAUAUAACACAUCACAUCAUAUUUCGGGUUAUUUCUAUUGUCGUUUCCAUUUUGCUUUCUUCCCAUCACAUCCCAUUGCGUUUCUUUUGGCGGCGGCGGCGGCGGCGGGUAGUCAAUGGCGGGACGAAUACGGAGUCAUGUCAUGUUAUGUUGUGUUGCUGAGCGACUUUUUUUCCUUUACCCAUUUCCCUUUUUGCCUUUUCCCAUCUAUCUGGCUAUGUAUCUAUGAUCUAUUUCUGCAUCGGGGGAUCGCGAAAAAUUUAUGUAUGUAUGGACACUCUACCUACUCGCAUGUUCGGUUUAUUCGGUUGAUGAGUUUGGUUCGGUUUUGGUUAGGCUGGAACUUAAGAGUUGGUUUUGUUGCAACUUGCUCGCCACUCCUGAUACGAUAUCCAGACACGAUGUCCAGAUACCAAGAUACCUGGAAGAUUGUUUACUGUGAGGUGGGAUGGGGUGGAUGGGGCUGGUUAUGCAAAUGGUUAUGAAAAUGGCUAUGAGAAUGGUAAACCAAGAGUAAAUUGCAAUGGAAAAUGGACAAUGGACAUGAAUAUGGACAUGAUUAUGGAUUUGAUUAUGGAACUCAUUCG